AUGGCAUUCAUUAAUCCAAAAUGCAUUUUCAAACAUCGAAAAACCAGACUACCAAUCAUUACCAUCAUCAAUACUACGAAUAAUAACAGUAAUGUCCGUCAAUUCCACUCGACCCCAUUCGUAAAUUAUCCAUCAGCCGAAUCAAUGACACCUAAAAAAACGACUCUCUCUAUUCCACGUCCCGGACUUUACACACAAAAAAUAAUAUUAACGGAUGGUGCCACAUACACAAUUCAAACCACUUCUCCAAAACCGUUCGUGAAAUUAGUUCGUGACACAAGAAAUCAUCCAUUGUGGAAUCCGGAAAUGAAACAUGGAAUGCAAGAUGAAAGUGGUCAGUUGUCGAAAUUCCAGAGAAAGUUUGGCGAGGAUACACAUUAUGAAUUGGAGUUUAUGGAAUCGGGUGAGAAAGUUCCGGAAUUGUCUGCUAAAGAGUUGCAGGGUAUGAGCAAACCUAAAAAAGGAAAGGUUGCUAAACUAAAAGAAUUAGAAAAAAGGCGCAACAAAAAAAGGAUUUAUGCACAAGGUGUUUCCUUUAGAAUUCCGCAAGGUGUACAACUUGAAGUGAAAGGACGCAAAGAAGGUUGUGGAAUUCUUGCAAGGAUGAUUCGUCCUCGGGUUCGCUUUGCAACAGAUACACGUCAUCCAGAGACAGAAGAAUACUUGUCGUUUCUUUUACAAGACGCAAACAUGAACCAACUCCGAAAUACACCAGGAAUUAUUUUGAAGGCGCGAAUGCAACAAACCGACCACCCGUAUUCCCUUGAUUACCACUUCGUUAUAGUCGACUACGCUUUAUAA